CGCCAUCCUGGUAGACUCAUUCCGACCCUUGAUGGAGGGCGUCCCCGCCCACCUCGCAGCCUGCGGCAUCCUAGUUUCCACGUGCUAGCAUGCACUCAGCUUUUGUCCGCGCCUAACAAAAUCGUCCGGGGGGCUGGGCCUGGCGGAAAGCGACGCGCCGUUCAGAAUCGAGCAAAAGAGUGUGAUCGGGGAUGCGUUUCGGACGUUGAGAAAGGGGCCGGUAGGGAUCUGAUCGGUCCGGGAAAUUGUGUCGCGUGCCUUUCGGGGCCGUUGGGUGAGAGCUCGCGGGGGCCAAAACGCACGGUACGUCCGGGGAUUCGUGGAUUGUUGACAGCAGGGAUUUGGGACGUGGGUUGCGACGGAGGUGACAGUGGGUGUUUUCUAUACAGUCGGAAUACGUCUAUAGGUUCUAAAAGAAAGACGUUGGCGCAGUCGAAGAAGAAGGAGAGAAAAUCCGUCUUGGCCUGA